UCUCUCUCUCUCUCUCUCUCUCCCUCUCUCCUUCCCGUUCACUCCUAAUAGGAUAAUUGAUAGAAGGCCUAAACAGUCAAUACCGGUGGACUGAGAGAGGUCGUCGGAAGCUCUGAGAGGAACGUUGAUGCUCUGCUCUUUGCUCCGAGAAGCAAGUUGCAGCGGGACUUUUAGCGCCGGAGAUGCUCUGAGAAGAACAGAAGAGUUGCCAAAAUACUUUCCCACCGUCUGGAAACUCGCACUUUAAAGUGUUUCUUCAGUGGAGUGCAAUGGUAGAUCGAGCGGCAUUAUGCUUAGAUAUGGAUCAGAGGGCAGUGUGUGCCGGAUGCCACCGGCUGAUCACAGACAGAUUCCUGCUCAGAGUCACUGACGGCCUCUGGCACGAGGAGUGUGUGCGGUGUGCGGCGUGCGGGGACGCGCUCAGGAACUCCUGCUUUCUGCGGGACCGCAAACUUUACUGCAAGCGGGACUAUGCUGAUCUGUUUGCAGUGUGUUGUGGGGGCUGCGCGGAGGCCAUCUCUCCUGCAGAACUGGUGAUGCGUGCAGGGGCCGCUGUGUUCCACCUGCGCUGCUUCACCUGCAGCGUUUGUUCCUGCCGCCUGCAGACUGGAGAUCGCUGUGUCCUCAGAGAGGGACAGCUACUGUGUGCCAGAGAGGACUAUCACCAGUGUGUGGCCAGCCCAACCUCCUCCGACACAGGUAAAAGUGUUGACGAAGAAGAAGAAGAAGAAGAAGAAGAAGGAGAAGAAGAAGAAGAAGAAGAAGAGGAGGAGGAAUCUGUGAGGGUUACAGGCAGACGAGUUAGAUCAGAAGACCUGGAGAGCAAACGUCCCAAAAGGCCACGCACUAUUCUGACAACUCAACAAAGACGGACCUUUAAAGCCUCAUUUGAGGUCUCAUCCAAGCCUUGCCGAAAGGUAAGGGAGACCUUGGCAGCAGAGACUGGUCUGAGCGUCCGGGUGGUGCAGGUCUGGUUCCAGAACCAAAGAGCCAAAAUGAAGAAACUGGCCAGGAGACAGCAGCAGCAGCAGGAGCAGCAGCAGACUCAGGAGCAGCGCGAUCACCCAUCACAUCACACAGCACCCUCCUGUGGUGCUUUGACCUCUGAGCUGGAGCACCUGGGGUCCUCCUAUACCCACAUUCAGCAGCAGCAGCAACAGCAGCAGAUGGGACUCACCACACUGGAGCAGCAGGACUACGACAUGGACCCCUUCAGACAGGGCCUGACCCCGCCUCAAAUGCCAGGGGAUCACAUGUACCCCUACGGUUUUAAGGGUCUUUACGGUGACAUGGACAGAGACCCUCUGUGUCAUGUGGCUGACAGCGACUGCCGGUCCCUGGGUGACUCCACUCUGCUCACCCCUAUUGACUGCCUCUACUCCAUGCAGGACUCUUACUUCACUUCCUGAGGGUGGAGAUCAGACUCAGUGAGAAGCAUCUCCCUCAUUCUGCAUCGCUCUCCAGUCUCAUCAUUUAUCUUCCAGUACCGUGCACAAGGUAGAAGCUGAAGAGGUAGUCACCGCCACGGAGAUGUGGGUACACUGUGAUACCAUGCAACAUACCAUGUGCACAUGCAUAUAAACUUGAUUACACUACUCUUAUGCUUUACAAUCCCCCUGCACGACAUAGGCUCCUGUGUAAGCACAAUGCUGCCAGACCUCUCUCAAUAUGUUUGAAUGUUAGAUUAUGAGAUUAUAACCUCCUCUACUAAUGUAAAUAUCUGUUUGGGUGUGUAUUUGUAUUUAUUCUUACAAUGCGUGUAUGCUGUUCAUCUCGAAUGA